CCCAGACUCAACGUUAAGGGCACGGGAAAUUCACAUGCUGGAAGGUAGGCAGAAGCAGAACACUGUAAUCACACUUCUACUAUGCUGGCUUCUGUUCGGCGACCUACAGGAGCAUAGAGUAUGGGAGUCUCUCGCCAGUCAUCCGACCGACAGAAUCGACUGAGUCUCACGCCCCUGUUCGAGCAGCAACUUAACCAUUACCUCGCUCCGUUCUCCGCGGUUAAGCAUAGGGGCGUGUCUCUACUAUGGCAGCGAUUAUCUCUGCCUUCAUCCGGCACCUCGUCCCUCGUCCUGCAGUCCGAUCCGGAUAAAGCGAGCCCAGCGCGAGAGGAGGGUUGUCAAGGAAUACCGCGAGUAUUAGUCAUUACAACCGUAAUGCCGAUAAUCGAAGGAGAUCCAGGAGACACAAAAUAUGUCGCCAGUGACAUACCCUUGACGAAUCUCGAUCACUUGACGGAUGGAACUCACGUUUGCGCUAAGCCUGAUCUUUACUAUGGCGCUCGACCAGAACAGCUUCAUCGGCAAGUACGACGGCAGCUCAGGGGCCUUGUCAUUCUUUCGAUGCAGGAUGAUCUCUCGGUGGUGCCGAACAACUUCGUUGAAGUCAAAGGGGGACGGAUCGCUGUCAGUGGCAUCUCGGCAAGCGUUGUACGAUGGGACUGGAGGCGCCCGUGGGUACCAAAGCGUCCAGUCUUUCGGGGCUCCCGAGCUCGUCGAUGACAAUAAACCUUAAACGCUCUUGUCGGUAUACCACGGUGCUAAUUGAAGAUGUUUGCCCAUCAUCCUAUACAGCUAUCUGUACCUGGAGCGCAACCCCAAUAUAUCAGUGCAUCUCGCAUAAGCGGGGUUAUCUUGGGAUCGGGGCCGACGCAAUUCGCAGGAACUGUCGUCGUCCCAUAUCGUUUGACGGUCGCUUGUAUUCUGUAGACGGCAUGUUCGGUGCAAGGAAUGGAUUCGGCACUUUCGUCGAUCGGGUCUCCAUGUAGUAGCAUGUUACGGAUUUGCUCUCGCUUUUCGGGGGAGAGUUGCGGAGCCAUCAUACGCUGCGAGCAGUGAUGAGCCGCUUCUGGCUUCUGAGAUGAGUG